UCUGCCUUUGGUUUUUUUUUGGUUUUUUUUUUUUUGUGUUAUUGUUUUGUUGGCUUUUUUUAAUCCACUAAAUUUGGUUCAUAAAGCUGGCUUGUGUUGGACUUCUUAUUUACCAAAUUUCUGCCUCAUUUCCAAGUCAGUUCAAUGAAUGAUCCUAUUUAGUUCUUUUUCCUGUUUAAAAUAUUUCCUACUGAGUCCAGAGCAGUGCCCUUAAAACAUAAUUGAUUUGGGUCAUUGAACCCUUAUUUUUCAUGCAUGUUAGUUUACAUCCCGCCACUGGUCUGACUGGUAUUUAAAUUAGAAAAUUGCAGGCGGAUUUCUUCUAGAGGCUAAAGUUCACGUGGAGUCUCUGGCAAAAUAAGAUCCUGGAGUACAUAUCCCUGGAACUGGGCAAUGAUUUGUAACUCUUUUUUAAUUCUGUCUGGCCAGAGUGUUAUAAAUCUGGCGCUCGCUUGUUAGCUUCACGCUAAGCAGCAAUAAUGUCCACAGUGUUUUAGUCCUGAUAAUUCUAAUUACGGAAGCACUGGAGAAGCUGAAAGCUGAGAAGAUGGACAAGGCUUGCCUCAAGUCCUGCACAGCACAGGGGAUUCUCUCUUUGUAGAGCUGAACCAUAAUUCUCUUGUUCACCAAGGCCAGCGAUGGAAGCAGCCAAGGUGUAUUACUCCUGUGGUGCAGUGGUGGAAUCAAUGGAAAGAGGCCUGAUUUUGUCACCAGGUUUUCCAAACAACUACUACCCAGGGACACACUGUGUCUGGCAGUUUUUCAUUCCCAUGAGAACUCAUCUCAUCUUGGAAAUAUUUGACUUUGACAUUUUUGAGAGCUCUAGUGAAACUCCAACCCCCUGGGAUGGCUUUUCAGCCCCUGCUACAACAGAAAAUAAGGACAUGCCUUCUCUUGAGGAAAACCUGGACUUUUCUGUCCACACCACAAAACCCUCUCUCUGGACCUCGACAUCAAAGGUGGCUCAGGAUCUGAGCAGCACUGGGGACCAGUCAAAGGACCUUGCUGGUCACCUGGAUGAACUUCCAGGAACCAUCUCAAAAAAAAAUGAAGCCAAACAAGCAUCUGAAGAAAACCAGUGGAAGCAGAUGAAGGAACCCAAAGCAAUGACCAAGGCUCAGCCAGAGGAGCUGCCAUUCCCUGUGGCUGGUGGUGCCUCAGUGCAGAGGCAAAAUACCAGUGGCCUGGAAACAGGAGAGGAUUUGGAAGGGAAGAUGUUGCUUGCCCACCUAGCUGCUAGUGAGAGAGAUGAAGUCCCAGCAGAGACCUGGGCUCUUCCCUCAGCAGCAUUGCCCGUGGAAGUCUCCUCCAGCCCUCAGUCAGCAGUGGAUGUCUGUCCCCAUGAUGUAUUAUACGUUUCUGAUCUCAUCACAUUUUCCUCUCGCUUCUGUGGCCCAAAUUCCCCUGUGAACAAGACCAUGGUGUUUGGUUCCUCUCUGGAAAUGGUGGAGGUCAUCAUGGAGCUGAUCACCACCACGGACCGAGGCCGAGGCUUUGCCAUGCUCUUCGAGUACAGGAACAUCACUGACCCCAGCACUGUGGAUGCUGUGAGGCAGGAGAGGAAGGAAAACAUGAUGGUGCUGGCAAUUGGAACAGGGAUUGUUGUCUUUGCUGUUGCUUUGCUCUCUGCCCUCUGCGUAGCUUGCAGGCAGAGAACGUGCCCCAAAAGGAGCUCAUCCAACGCAUGCAGUGACCAGGAGAACAGGAUCCAGAACUCCACUGUCGAUAUCAAUGAGCUCCAGCUGGUGGUGCCAAGCCGGGAGAAUGAAAACAACAACCACUCUGUGAGCCGGGAGCAGGCGGUCACUUCCUGCAGAGGCAGCACAGAACGGUCUCCUCAGGACACUGACCCAGAUGUGCCCUCCUCCAUCUCUGCAGUGACCACUGAGACUGGGAGUGAUGAAGUGUUUAUCAUUUCUGCUGGACCUGGCACCAGUGGGCUGAGCUUUACCACCUACAGGAUACAGGACAAAAACCUGAAAAGAAGCGUGACAAGCCCGGCCUCUGUGUCUGACUGGCUGAGCUCCCACCCCACAGCUGCAGGAGCAGACGCUGCUGAGAAGGGGAACGUGCAGCUGGAGCAUCCCUGUCCCAGGCAGCGCACCUGGAGCGCCCGCACCUUCCACGACCUCCUGGCUCCAAUACCACAGCUACAGAAAAAAUGGUGCAGCUGGAGCACCAACAGCCCCUUCACAAAGCUGGUUGACAGCAGUGGUUUUUCUACAGCUGCAAGACCCCAAGGUGUGCCAACCAGAAAGGUAAUCUCAGCCACUGAGAUAGAGGGAGCAUCAGAGACUGUUUACUCUGAUUCAUCUGCCAGUAAUGCCUCCUAUCCCCUCACUCUGUCUGCACAGAGGCAGCGAAAGUUAGCCUCCUGCAAUUUGAAGAAAUCCAGAUUUGGAAACCCUUAUUUUGGAUUUUUAGCCAGUUCCCCUGACAGCAAACAUAUGAGGUCUUUGGAUCCCUCAAGACAUCUAGGGGCAGCAUCUCCAGUUAACAGCCAAAGCCCCAAAAAUCUUCUAGAGAGCUCCAACCCACUGAAAAUCAACUUGGUCAACGGCUCAAAAACAAAGGAGCUUAUGGUAGAAACAGAUAAAAACAAACCUGUUUUUGUUAUUUCUGAAGAAGGGGAUGAUCAGCAGCCUCUGGUCCUGGCAGAACACCUCAGUCAGUGUGGAGAUCACCUGUCAGAGCACAAUGCUGUGUAUGCUCCAGCCGUGCCAGAGAAGCAGCCGGUGGCUCUGACUGCGGAGAGGAACAGCUCUGCCACCUUCACCUCGAGCCUUUCCCUUUGGGGAAAAUCCCCCACAUCAUACAAAGGCCAGGGGAAGGCCCCCAGCUCCUCCAGGGACCAGCAGAGCUCAGCAGGUGGAGAUGCCAACAGUGCUGAGCCCUCACAGAACUGCAACACCCCCGCUGCCCCCACGCUGUGCCAAGCUUCAGCCCAGUGAUGUCCUCGGAGAGACAGAGACAUCAGUUCCCAAAGCCAGAGGGAACAGGGACACGAGCAGAGCAGAAGCUGUGCCGAGCAGUUGAGUGUGGCAGUCACAUGUGGCAGCUUUGUUGAGAGCAGCCUUUGCUUCCCACACGUUGGGACUGAGAUUACAAGGACACAAACCACAGCACAAAUGCCAACUCCCCUUCAGCUCACUAACCUCAUCUUGCUUCUCCUGCAUGAGACCUGGAUGUAGUUUGUACAAGAAAGCAUCCUCUGGAAAGGUACUUCAGAGUGCAGAACCCCUUUUCUGGGACGGGAGUGAAAGUUACACCAUGGUUUGUAUCUGAAAUGUCAAUCAGUCCCUGUCCCUGUGGCAUCACUUGAGUCUUUCUGUUGGGAGCUCUGAGUUAGCUUCUGUUUAUAGCUCUGCCUGUACAAUCCAAGCCUUGCCAAGCCAAGGGUAAGAAUUCAAUCAUGCAUGUUUGCAUACAGUUUUGUAAACUUCAUUUUAAGUAUUUCAUAACUUCUGCAGUCUAGCACAAAGCUUACCAAGCAUUAGCAACUCUAAUAUUAAAGAGCAAGAUUAUCUCAUCUCCUAGCUCUUUAGAGAAGUGUACAGACAAGCUGAGCAACCCAAUACCAGAUGCUUGUUCUAUUAAAGUCUGAUGUAGCUUUAUCUUUGUUAGGUCUACAUAGGCUUAGAACACCUCAGUCCACUACAUUAAAUGACUCCUCAUGGCAACAGGAGCAUGUGUACAAAAACACUGAAAUACUAGGAAUAGUCUUCAGCAUCCAACACUUGGAUAUUUGCAGCUGCUCUGAUCCUAUAUUCACCAGCUAUUUAUUGCUGGUAACGCACAUUGACUAGAGAACUAUUCCCCUUCCUUUAGCAGGCAAGACUUGAAAGACAAAAUUAAGGUGGGGCAAACUUUGAGUGCUCACUUUCUUUAGAAAUUAACCCUACGUGGCUGUGCCUCCCUGAGUACAAAUCCAGGGCAUUCAAUGGAACACUGAACCAAAGGGAAGCCUGCUAGUCCUAUUGCCUUUAAUAACCCCAUCAGAAUUUUAAUUUCCUCCUGGACAUUUUCCUAUCUUUGCAAGAGACUCCUGCAUGUUUGUCCCACAAUUCAGAAUUGUUUUCCCUUCUUAAAUGAAACAAUUCCCUCUGAAGCUGCAUUUUGCAGCUGAGACAGCACAUUGUUUUAAAGCAAUAGUAUGUCAUAAAACAGGUGUCAGAAAGAAAUCUUCUGCACAAGUCUUCCCCUGUAUUAGCUGCAGUGUGCAUCCAGUUAUCUUAAUCCUUCUCUGUGAAGGCAUUUAAGACUGAUUGCUGAAAUAUUUAACUGAAUUAUUUAUGAUUUCACCUGCUGUUACAGCUUCCAUUUGCCACCAUUAAUGUCAGAGAUAUGCAACACAAGACUAUAGGUUUUGCCUUAUAUUUUCUCUGUGUGUUUACAUGUCUACCUAGACAUAGAAGCUGUGCAGCUGGUAGCAGUGGAAGCAAAAACACAUUUGCCCUUUAGCAGUUGACUCAAACAUGAACAGCAAACAAGUCUCUGCAUUUAUUAUUUCCAGACUGUGCUCAGUGCCAAAGUCUGGCUCCAUGUUGGUUGGUUCUUUUUUGGUGGGUACUUUUUUUUUUUGUGUUGUUGUUGUUUAAAUUAAUGCUACUUGAUUCAAAGGGAAGAGAUUAAUAUAUUUAUGGUUUUAAAAAUAUUUAGAAGUCUUCAGUACUCUAACAAUAACUUCCACUGCAUUAAAUUCAUAUACAUUGUAAUUUAAUGUUCUGUUACUUAUUACAUUUCUAAAGUUUGAAAUACUAAAACCUACUUUUGAAAAGUACUUGUGUUCAAUUAUUGACAAUAGUUACACUUGAAGGGCUGGAAAAAGUGGCUUUUUCAAUAAAAGCAUGUUUAACCACUCA